CGAAGAGGCCUUGCCUUGCUGGCGAUGGCAAACGAUCUCCGGGAUAAGGGCAUCGAGAUUGCCAAUGACGCGGUCCGCGACGACAACGCCGGCAACUAUGAGGACGCCAUCAACAAGUACUGCAAGGCUGCCGAGUACCUCAUGACGGCCACCAAGUACGAGAAGAACCCGGUCACCCUCAAGACGAUCCGCGAGAAGAGCCUCGAGUACGUGCAGCGCGCAGAGGCGCUCAAGCAGGGUCUGGCCGGCAAGGGCGCGGGAGGGAAGAAGGCGGGCGGCGGAGGCGGCUCCAAGGAGGAGGAGGAGGAGAGCGAGGACGACGACGUCGAGCCGGAGCCGCUGACGGAGGAGCAGCUCGCCAAGGCAGAGGCCGAGAUGAAGGAGGAGCUCUCCAAGCUGAUCGGCAUGGAGUCGGUCAAGAAGCAGAUGGAGCAGCUCUGCAAGCAACUCUCUCUCGACAUCCGCCGCCGCGCCGAAGGGCACAACACCCUCGACGCCAUCCGGCACAUGAUGUUCACCGGCAACCCCGGUGUCGGCAAGACCACGGUGUCGCGGCUGGUUGCAAGGCUGUACCACCAGCUUGGCGUCUCGGCAAAGGACAGUGUGGUGGAGGUGCAGAAGGGGGACCUGGUGGCGGGGUACGUCAACCAGACGGCGAUGAAGACGGCGAAGAAGAUCAAGGAGGCGCGCGGCGGCAUCCUCUUUGUCGACGAGGCCUACCAGCUGACGCAGGCGCUGCAGCGCGGACAGUCAGACUUCUCGGGCGAGGCGAUCGACGAGAUGAUGAAGGUGAUGAACGAGACGGGGCGGAAGUCGGUCACCUUCGUCUUUGCGGGCUACAAGAAGGAGAUGGACGAGUUCGUGCAGUACAACGCCGGCCUCGAGUCGCGCAUCAAGUACCGCUUCCACUUUGACGACUACACGGUGCCCGACCUGUGCAAGAUCGUCAACAUCAAGAUCAAGGCCAAGGGCUACAAGAUGACCGCCGACGCCGAGAAGAACCUCAACGCAAUCAUCGACAAGAACACCACCGCCGACCUGCGCUCAAAGUACAACGGCCGGCUGACUGACAACCUGCUGCAGUGGGCGGCCGACUGCAUGAACCAGCGACUCGACCUGACUGCCUCGGGCGAGCAGCUCAUCACGCUGACCAAGGACGACCUCUCCGAGGCGAUCAAAAAGUUCCAGCUCGCAAGGCCGCCCCAGAAGAAGGACCCGGCGCUGCUCGGCGGCGAGCAGGUGGAGCAGCAGUUCAAGAUGUGGGGCAUCCAGCACCUCUCCGCCUUCUUCGUGCGCGCGGGCUACCGGCAGCUGGUCGACCUGAUCCACCUGUCCAAGCAGGACAUCAUGGCCCUCGGCGUCACAAAGGACGCCGAGGUGCGGCGCGCGGUGCAGCUCGUCGAGCGGCUCAAGCAGGAGCACCGCAAGGAGUCUCUCGAGAUGGACGCGCUCUUCGUCGACCCCGACUCUGUCGACGUCAAGACGUGGCUCGAGAAGCGGUCGCUCGGCGAGUUUGCAAAGCUGUUCGAGCGGCACCGGGUCGACUUCGAGGUGCUCGGCGACCUCACCUACGAGGACCUCAAGGAGAUGGGCCUCAACGAGGUCGGGCCGCGCCGCCGCAUCCACCGCCAGAUCGUGCAGUGGCGCGACGACCGCGAGGCCAAGAAGGCGGACGCCAUCCGGUCGCGGAUGCAGGUGCAAGAGAACAAGGCCUACCUCGAGAGCCAGCAGCAGAACGUCGACGACCGGCUGCAGCACCUCAAGGCGUCGCUCGGCGAGUCGGGGUACGUCACCGGGUUGCGCCCGUCAAGCGGCUGAGGAGCGCGGGCGAGGGGGCGGCGCAGCGCCGCGCUGUGCGUGCGAAGCACAGCGGGGGCCAGCCGUGGGAGGCGGUGCCACCGCAGAGGAGGAGAGGGGCAGCCCCUGCCGCUUGCGUAUGGGUGGGCGCUGGGCGAGAGGGGCCCACUACGCACGGCGGGCGAGGUGAGAGUACCUAGCGGAAGCUGACUGAGGAGGCGUAAUCACGUGUCGACUGUCGUGUGUGUUCGUCUCUCUUUUUGGGGUGUGUGUGUGUUUCGGCGUGUCUGCGCCCGGCUGUCAGUGUGUGUGAAUAGAGUCGCAUCGUGGCUCGCCACACGGCUCUAGCCUCUACGCGAGA